UUGAGAACUACGUGUUCUUAACGAGAUCCCCAAAGAUCCGAGAUGUUUGAACCCACUUCCUCCCUUCACUGAAAUUUACUCGGGCUUGCGCCGAGGAUUGAGUUUAUUGUGAACCUUCGUUUCAACGUGCUUUUCAUAUUCUUUUCUUAAGCCAGAAUGGAAAAGGUCGACAUCCCUUGAAAUUAAACCGACUGUGGAACUUCAGAAAAUUUUAUUAGAUCAGCUUGCGAUUCAACAAGAAAGCUUAUUCCACGUAAAAGUAAUCAUUUAUUUUUAUCCGCUCGUUCUGAGUUGACUCGAGACUUUGAUGUAGAUUGGACAAAAAUGAUGUUAGAUGUCAACGUUGAAUAUCUGCAGCUGUGAAACGUUAUUUAGAGUUGCUUUCAAGCUUCCUUUUGCCAACACGUUUUGCUGUAAUUCUGAACUCUUUACACGGUGAUUCUUCGAUGUUGCGAUUAAUCUACAAUAAACAGUAAUGAAUACAACCAUCCACGCAAACUUUGGAAAAUUUCGUUCAAAAUAGACGCACUAAUUCACGCAACCUAAUAUUAUCGUGGUUGAAUAGUCGGUAUUCCUGAAAAAGAAUCAAACUGAAAAUGGUUAGAUGAUGACAACGUGACACCCAAGAGACAUAUACAGUUUGUGUAAAUACUCGAGGCAAAAUGUCAUCGAGGAUGGAGAUGCAAAUGAUGAACGAAGUUCAGGAGACCUCGAAGUGCGUCAAGGUACUCUACAUGAUAUGGAAGUUCUUCGCGUGUGUCUUCAGUCACGUGACGUUAGUCAGCCUUGUUGUGGCUUACUGUCUCCUCGGAGGCCUGGCAUUCCAGGCUUUGGAAGCAAAGAAUGAAAAGGAGGUCAGGAACAGCAUAAGUGGGCUGCGGACGAACGUGACGAGUGAAUUGUGGAAAAUGACACUCGAGUGUGACGUUCUGGAUCAGGAAAAUUGGACGAGGGAAGCCAGGGACCGAUUACAGUCCUUUGAGAAUCACUUACUGACAAAGAUGGAACGUGAAGGGUGGGAUGGUUCCGAGCCGGGAGCAGAACUGCAAUGGACUUUCCCCGGCGCUCUCUUUUAUUCAAUCAUCGUUAUUACCACCAUCGGAUACGGACACAUCGCGCCGAGAACGGCGUUGGGAAAAGUCGUAACAAUUUUUUACGCCAUUCUUGGAAUACCUUUGAUGCUUCUCUGCUUGUCGAGCAUUGGCGACGUCAUGGCGUCCAGUUUUAGGUUUUUGUACUGGAAAAUUUGCUGCUACGUCUGCACUAAGCCUCCACGAAGACGUCGAGGUCGCAGCGCCAGAGGCACCAUUCGACAACCAGGAAGGUAUUCCAACCGAACGGCGUCGUUGAGGAGGUCAGUCCGCGUCAGCCAGAGAUCAGCGGAUUCGGCUCUCGGCUUGUCGGAAAGUGUCGGAAGGUCGUCGUACUCGGACAUGGAUUACAGGUAUCACCUCGAGGGAAUGGACUUGGCUACUGAUUUCCCGAGUACGAGGCCCUCGACGAUGUCCAGAUAUUCGGACAUCCCGGUUUCUUCGCCUAAGGUUAAAGGGGGAAGACUCACAACGGGAACGGCGUCGCUGGACCGAAAAGUUGCGGUGGAUCCUACCGAAGCGAAUCGGAUGCCCGUUUAUUUCAACAAGUACGCGCUGGAUCCCGAAGACGAGACGCAGAAUUGCCAGCCCUCGAAAGUCGGUUCGAGGAAGCCGGAUAAUUUGAACGCUCAGGAUACCGUCGAUGAGGUUUCGCCAACGAACAGAGCUCGCGGUACCGGGUCGCUACCUCGAAAUCAUCACCUGGCUGUUGAGUCUUCGACUUUUCGACGUCAGCUUUCGCAGCCGCCCCCGGAAAUCCGGGAGCCACAAGGAUCCGUCAUUGCCGAUUUAGAUUCGUUGAAAAGGAGUAUGAGGAUGCGGCGAGCUCAGAGCUACUACGCUCCUGGUCGGCACCAGCGGCACGCUUCUCCCUCCACGCGGUACAUGUCGCCGAUUGGAUACGCCGUCCACAGGCAGAAUUACGUCGACGACUUUGACGUCGACUACGAUUAUUACGCCGACGACGGUGCCCUGCAGGUUCUCAAGCCCGUCCCAAUCUGGCUCUGCGUCUUUCUGGUGGUCAGCUACAUUUUCGGGGGUGGAUUUCUCUUCAGUACAUGGGAACAAUGGGAGUUCUUCGACUCUGCUUACUUCUGUUUCAUCACCCUGACCACGAUCGGUUUCGGUGACUUUGUACCACACGGGCUCGCCGAGAAGGGAAGCAUCGCCUUGUGCUCGUUGUACCUGCUGUUCGGAAUCUCCCUGUUGGCUAUGAGCUUUAAUUUGGUCCAGGAAGAAGUCAUCAACAACGUGAAGAGCCUCGCGAAGAGUCUGGGAAUCAUCAAGGACGAGGAGGGCGAGGAGGACGACGACGAUUGAAUCGAGAUGAAUGUUCGUUGAAAUAAAAAUUUCUGAGAUCGGCACCAUUAUUCUUACCACCUUCUUCUAUAACUAGUUAAGACAACUAAGGGCUUUUCACAUCGAAAUACAGUUACCUUGAAAAUUCCUGAAAAUAAGUACAGUGAAACGUUACAACUCGAACUGUAAAAUUUAAAAACUCUUUACUGAUCUCUGUAUCGUUUGAAGAUCUUUCUUCAAUAUAAUUUACAGUCACAGAAGUUGGACGGCUAUGAUAGAAGAAAAAACUCUGGUCAAAGUUUUACAAAACCAAUUUUAUUAUAAAUACGAGAAAUUCACGAGGCAGACGUUGAAAAGCGUGGGUGAAGUAACGUAGAGGUUCGGUAAUGGCGGGGCUUGUAUUACAGCUACGCUUCGGAAAUCUACUGUUUAUGUUUGAGAGUAUGCUUGAAAGUUAUCGCGAUAUGAAAAUAUACCAUGGCGUGUAUACGCUGUGUACAUUAUUCCACGGAAUAUCUGUAUCGCGUGAAUUGAUGCGUAGCAGAGCCUUUCCAAGCAUUUUGUAAAAUGUUUUGUUCACGCUAUGUCAUCACUCAUUUUGUAUGUUCUUACUUCAUUCGGUUAUACCCCAAAAUUUUUAUCGUCGAGAUUUCUGCUUCAAUUGUACAAAUGUGACUCGCGUCACAGUGAAAUAAUUUAAAUUAUUGCAAGGUUUAUCGAGACACAGAUUCGAUUUUAUUGUGCUCCUGACGUUUUCCAUCGGCUUGUUUAAUAAAUUCUCAUUCGCUGAGAUCGUAAUUUCGAUUUAUUUAUGGUAAUUACUUUAACACGAUAUUUCAUGACCAACGAAUCAAUGACAUUUGAAAAUCGAAUCAAGAUAUGUUGUCAAAUACACAUAUGUAAUAAAGAACUUGUACUUGCAGCUCAACUAUGAA